UUCUACUUCUCUCUAUUCAUCACUAUUAGUCAUUUUACUUUACAUAUACAUGAUCAUUUGCACUAGCUAGCAAGCUAAAAGAGUCGAUCAUAAAUGGAGGGUAUCAAAGAUGAUGUAGGACAUGUUCCUUUGCUAGAAGCUGAAGAAGAAGAAGAAGAAGAAGAAGGAAGGAGACCCUUAAGGUUAAGGGGUAGUUACCUUGGCAUAUUUGGCUCUACCGUUUUCCUAGUUUCAAUGGCUGCACUCAUCAUAUACCAAGGCCAUGAUUAUUAUGAUGAAGCCAAAAUAGAAAACAAGGGUAACAACAACAAUAAUUACAACAAAGUCCCUAGAGGAGUAGCUGAGGGCGUUUCAGCAAAGUCAAACUCUUUUCUUUCGGAGACUACUCCUUCUUAUAAUUGGACCAAUGCUAUGUUAUCUUGGCAAAGAACAGCUUUUCAUUUUCAACCUGAAAGGAAUUGGAUGAACGAUCCAAACGGUCCAUUGUUUCACAAGGGUUGGUACCAUCUAUUCUACCAAUACAAUCCAUUUUCAGCGGUGUGGGGUAACAUCACAUGGGGCCACGCAGUAUCAAGGGACCUCAUUCACUGGCUCUACCUUCCAGAAGCCAUUGUCAGAGACAUGUGGUUCGACAUCAACGGUGCAUGGUCAGGCUCAGCAACGCUCUUGCCAGGUGGCGAAAUCGUGAUGCUCUACACCGGCUACACCCACCAACAAGUGCAGGUUCAAAAUCUCGCAUACCCCGCCGACGCAUCUGAUCCCCUCCUCCUCAAUUGGGUCAAAUACGCCAAAAACCCCGUCAUGGUUCCCCCACCCGGCAUCGGCCCAAACGAUUUUCGUGACCCAACAACGGCCUGGUUCGGCCCAGAUAACAAGUGGACGCUCACGCUUGGCUCAAUGCUCAAUGAUUCUGGCCUUUCCUUGGUUUAUAAGACAACUGAUUUUAUCAACUAUGAGCUUAAUGACCACUUCCUGCAUAUCGUUCCGGGUACGGGAAUGUGGGAGUGUGUUGACUUUUACCCGGUUUCAAUAAACGGGUCGGUUGGGUUGGACACGUCAGCAAAUGGUCCAGGUGUCAAGCACGUGUUAAAGGCGAGUUUGGAUGAUACAAAGCUGGACUAUUAUGCAAUUGGGACAUAUUUUAUUGAGAAUGACACGUGGAUACCCGAUGACCCGGAUUUGGAUGUGGGUAUCGGGUUGAGAUUGGAUUAUGGAAAAUACUAUGCUUCAAAGUCAUUUUAUGACCAAAAUAAACAAAGAAGGGUCCUUUGGGGUUGGAUUAAUGAAUCGGAUAGUGAGGUUGCUGAUAUCACAAAGGGUUGGGCAUCUCUUCAGACUAUUCCGAGAACAGUAUUGUAUGACAAGAAGACUGGAACUAAUUUGCUUCAAUGGCCAGUGGAAGAAAUAGAGAGCUUGAGACUUAGCAGUCAUGAAUUUAAGGAAUUAUUGGUUAAACCUGGCACAGUAGUGCCAUUACACAUUGGCCCUGCAACACAGUUGGACAUAAUUGCUGAAUUUGAAAUAGAAUUGUUGGGAUCAGAAGGGAUUGUGAAUAAUGUUGAAGGGUGUGGAGUUGGUGCUGUUGAGAGAAGUGCUUUUGGACCAUUUGGCAUUUUGGCUAUUGCAAAUGACCAACUUUCUGAACUAACACCAAUUUACUUCCGUCUUUCAAAUCAUGGAAAUGGAACCUCAACUAUUACUACUUCUACUUCCUUCUGUGUUGAUGAAACUAGGUCAUCAAAGGCACCUGAUGUAUCAAAGCAAGUUUUUGGAAGCAAAGUGCCUGUUCUAAAUGAUGAAAAACUAUCACUGAGGGUAUUGGUUGAUCAUUCAAUCAUCGAGAGUUUUGCACAAGGAGGGAGAACUGUGAUCAGUUCUAGAGUUUAUCCAACAGAAGCAAUCUAUGGAGCUGCAAGAUUGUUCCUGUUCAACAAUGCAACAGACAUUAACAUCAAGGCCUCCCUUAAGAUUUGGCAAUUGAACUCUGCUUUUAUACGCCCAUUUCCCUUUCACGACACUCAAUGAAAUUAAAUGCCAAAACUAUAUAUAUACAUAAUUGCAUCCCAUAAAAUAACCACUGAAAAAAUCAUGUGGUAAAAAGUUUAAAAACCAUGUAUCAAAUUGAGUUCCAUGCUA